GGCCCACGAAGGGGAGAUUCAGCUGUAACGGGCCGACACAAUCAUAUCAUCCCGGGGUAUUCGUGCAGAAACAUUCCCUGCAGCUCUUGGAUUUUACCUGACUUUUGUUUCCGACUAAUUGCUUCCUGAUCCACUGCUUUAUCAUACAUUUUAUUACAAGCGCAUUAUAUUAUCGCACAACCCACACCUACCUCCAACCACCGACAACUCACAUUCAACCUCACCUCUUCGAUACCACUGCUAGUCCUUGCUGGUUAUUUUCUCAUUUCCCAUCUCUCGCUCACGACGGGCCUCUCGAAUUAAUAUCAACUUUAUAUCUUCUUGAAAGCAUAAGAUAAGACCGUACAUCGCCGACGAUCAUGUCGACCACCUUAGGUGGCUUCAUCGCCGGUGGUAUCGCUGCGUGCGGAGCCGUCACCGUUACCCAUGGAUUCGAAAUGGUCAAAAUUCGGUUGCAACUCCAGGGUGAAUUGCAGGCGAGCAAAGAAGCCCCACGACUCUACAAGGGUGUGGGUCAUGGUGUCGCUGUCAUUAUCAAGAAUGAGGGAUUCCGAGGAUUGUUUCGAGGCAUUGGCUCUGCCUACAUCUAUCAGAUGAUUCUCAACGGCUGCCGGCUGGGCUUUUACGAGCCGAUUCGAAAGAACCUGACUACAACAAUCUUCCACGAUCCUGCCGUCCAAUCACUCGGUGUGAACAUUUUCAGUGGUGCCAGCUCUGGUAUCAUCGGUGCUGCUGCAGGCUCACCUUUCUUCCUCGUCAAGACGCGUCUGCAAUCUUACUCUCCUUUCUUGCCCGUCGGCACACAGCACCACUACCGAAAUGCAGUGGAUGGUCUCCGCCAGAUCUAUGGCAACGAGGGUGUUAAGGGUCUUUAUCGAGGCGUCGGUGCCGCCAUGGUCCGGACGGGUUUUGGCAGCUCGGUGCAGCUACCCACUUACUUCUUCGCCAAACGCCGACUCAUGCGACACUUGGGCAUGGAGGAAGGUCCCGCGCUGCAUUUGGCCAGCAGUACUUGCAGUGGUUUCGUCGUUUGCUGCGUCAUGCAUCCGCCUGACACGGUCAUGUCGCGCAUGUACAACCAGACCGGCAACCUUUACAAGGGCGUCUUCGACUGCCUAUACAAGACCGUCAGUACUGAAGGCCUCUUUGCCAUUUACAAGGGAUUCUUUGCCCACUUGGCCCGCAUUCUUCCCCACACGGUCCUUACUUUGAGUUUAGCAGAGCAGACCAACAAGUACAUGCGCUUGUUGGAGAACCGUAUUUUGUCUCCCUCGCUCAAGGAGAAGUUAUAAGCGCCACAAGAGCGCUCGUAUAGAAGGGGGCCACUUUUAGCCUCAUAGCGUGCAGCUUGAUACCAUUUAUGCAUGUACAUAGUCUCAUUGUCACUUGCACGGCGUUGUUUCAGCACGGUUUCCGCAUGGUUCGAAAAAGUUAGAAGUCAUCAGGUGUGAUAGAAGAAUUGUGGCGUACUGAGUCGCGUGUCCUUGAGCGAUUCACAGAUGAUUGCAUGCUAUAUUCUGGGUCUUUUCAAGUACAACUUGGCAUUGCCAUGCUUGGAUCUCUAUUUAAACAGAUAAAUAUAGAUGGAGCCUAAAAAAAGAACUAUAAAGGAUGCCCCUGGAAUGCCGUGAGUAGGGUUGGGCCAUUCUGCAUCAGAUAAAGAUUGGCAUUUCAGUGGACCAAAUUACAUUGUUCCGCCGACCAAGGAUGGGCCAAUGGAGUUGAGGAGCAUGCUCCUUAUGCAAUGACCAAUUACAUUGUCAGCAACGUCAAGUUUAUCUUCUCCGAGAC